UACUGUAUGCAGAUCUUGGAUAAUGAAAUAGAUCAAUGCUGUACCUCCUUACUGCAAGAUCUGGUCAGGUUUCAAGACAUGAUGUACCACAAAGAUCCUGUCAAGGUAAGACUAGUAUCUCUUCUCUCUUUAUCACCCUCUGUAGUGCUCAUUAAAAAUGUAUUUAUUAGCCAGUGCAAGAAAAAUUAAAUAUCAUUGAUAUGGAACUAGAACCCAUAAAAAAGUAUUUUUCCUUAUAUUUAAAAAAAAAAAACUGUAAGGUAGAAGGAUUUGGAAGAAUAAUUAUUUGUGAAUGUCUCAACAUGUGCCAGAUUUUUGGAACCAAUCCUCUUAACGAGUAGUACUUGAUUUUAAUUUAAAAUUGGACUUUUAUUGCUAUUUAAGUAAUAGUUUCUUUUUGUAUGAUCAUAAUUAUUACAAUAAAAAGAGCAAGCAAGCUUGUUCUUAAUUCAGAUAUCAAAGACAAUUAUUUUUAAUGCACAUACUUGAAGAUGACUGAACUGAUUCAUUGUGUCAGCGCAGUGUGUGUUGUGUGUGUACGCUGUUACACCAAGUUAACUUUUUUUAAAAUGUUAAUAUUCGUUCUGACACCAUGUUAAUUUUUUUUUUAAUGUAAAUAUUUGCUUUUACACCAAGUUAACUUUUUAAAAUAUUAAUUUUCAGGCCAAAACUAAAAGGAGGAUCGUGCUUGGUCUAAGGGAGGUAACCAAACACCUGAAGCUCAAGAAGAUCAAAUGUGUUGUGAUUUCACCAAAUCUGGAGAAAAUUCAGUCCAAAGGUAAAUGUCAUGAGUUUGUGCCAUUUAUUUUAGUCUCAUAUGGUUCAAUGUCAUAUGUUUCAGCUUCAUGAGUUUAUGUGUUGUGUGUUUCAGUUCAAUGCUAUGUGUAGAUGUAAUGAUUGUUUACUUUAGGUGGUUAGAAAAAAGUUGGAAAAAGAGUAUUUGGGGUGGGGGUGGGGGUCGGUCCCCACACAGUAAAUUAAUCACUUGAACCAGCAUUGUAAAUGAAUCUGCUUCAUAGUCCACGGAGUAAGAUACGAAAUAAACAAAUAGAAAAAAAAACUUCACACCUUUUAUUAAUCUUCUUUCUUCAUAUCAUUGAAGGAAAUAGUAGGACAAGGUAUGUGGAAGCUUGACUCAAAAGUAAGAGAGAAAUAAGAGAGAAACGCUUGACUCAAAAGUAAGGACAAUAAGAGAGAAACGCUUCGUCAGUUAAAAACUGAAGUGUCCACCAUAGCUUAUUUUUUAACUGGUUUCUAUUUCUUGUCGUAUUUUCAUUUGUCCUGUCUGCUGAGGAAGACUCUAGCCGAAACCUUUGUCUCUUAUUGUCCUGUCUUUCGAUUCAAGCUUCCACAAACCUUGUUAUAGUUAUACUAUUUGCUUCACACAGCUUGCACUUGCAUGCAGUUCUUCAUUUAUUAUCCUUCAUAUCAUUGGUUGUUAAUGUUAUUCAAAUUUUUAAAUGUUCAAGUUCAAACAAUACGAAAUGAGAUGAAAAGGGUGCGAGAUAAAAAAAAAUUACAUUUUUUUGUGAUAUUCUCCCAUUAACUCAUUGGGAAUUUUGAUUUAAUGCUCUGUUGUUUCGGUCAACGGCUCUCUAACCCAGCACUUUGUUUUGUCUGCUUUAUAACCCAGUUAUCACAACUAAUAAUUUUCUCAGUAUGAAUGCAUGUAUGCUGGGUGUACUGGUAAGCUCAAUAGCACUAAUAGCAGCAAAAUAUGUGGUUAGAUGCAUAACGUUUUCUUUUGUCUCACAAUUAGUCUCAAUUUAAAUUUGGUUUAAUAAAUCUCUGGUGUAAAAGGGAUGGGACACCAGAAUAUUAAAAUAGUUCAGGGGCGUGGAAAAAGUUUGGGGCUGUGGGGAGGUAGCACUAAUUGGAAUUCUUGUAAGGUGUGUUAGUUAAAUGCAUGUUUUGUCACGUAAUUUUAGUAGAUGGCAAGUUUAGUGGAAAGUUUAGUCAUUGCCGCCUUCCCUUUGGCAGGCUGGAACUGUAACUAGUUUCUUACAAUCAUUAAAAUGUUUUUCUAGUGUCCUAUUUUUGCUGUUUAUUUAUAGGUGGUCUAGAUGAGGCCCUCAACAACAUCUUGAAUAUGUGUCAAGAGCAGACGGUGCCCUUUGUGUUUGCCCUGGGACGACGUGCCCUGGGUCGUGCCUGCGCCAAGCUGGUUCCCGUCAGCGUCGUUGGGAUAUUUAACUACGAGGGAUGUGAGGUCAGUGUCGAAGUUGGCUCGUUCAAUCCGUUUAAACUACUUUAUAUUUAUUGCCCCACAAAUUUUCAUUAACGCUUUUGGUGUUAAUUAAUAUUAUUGUAAGUGGUAUCAGAAGUUUUUGUUAUUUUUUUAAAGGAUGAUAACUUUAACAAAUUAUAUUUACUCCUAAACUUCCUAUUUACAGAAUACUAAAAUAAAAAUUUCAUGUGUUUAUUUAAAAAAAAUAUAAUUUUAAAUAGACCUUACAUUUUUAUUUUUCCACUUGGUGUUAAUUAUUAAUACUAACUUAUAGGACUCAGAUGUUGGUCCUGCAAAACAAAAACCUAAUUUAUUUGAAUCAUUUCUUUGUGAAUGUUAUUUUGAAGAUAGUUUUUUGGCAUUACUCAUGGUAGUGAUAAUUACUACAGUUCAAGUCCCACAGUCCAAUGAUGCAUUGCACAUCUAACUACUUAAUUUUCAUAGUCCAAGUACCACAGCCUGAUAUCCCUGACUGCCGCGGCCAGAGCAGCUUACGAUGAAAUGGUCCUGGCCGUAGAGAAGGAAGUGGCCGAGUACCCCACCAUGGCCUCCCAGACCUCAAGCAUAGGUGGGGUGCCGGGACUGUUUGCCGCACACAUGGGCCACUCCCGGACACCAUCGGGCUGUAGCGCCAUCUCGUUCACCAGUUCCAUCCUGUCGGAGCCGAUCUCUGAGAAUUUUCCUCAUGCAGAACCGGAGGUUGACAGUAAAGUAAGUUUUGUUUUUUGUUCAUGUAGACUAGUUGUUAAAAUGUAGUUGAGAAAUGCAGCGUAGUAGUUUUGGUGUACAUUAUUAUAAACGUGGAAGGCUGUGGAUGAAAUCAGUUGAUGCAUAAGCAUUAGCUGUUUUGAAUUUUAAAAUUUUGCUCUUAGCAUGUAUAACUUCCUGGCUUCUGUCCCAUAAAUUCUUUUCUAUUGUCCUGUGCCAGGAACUUUCUAUAAUGAAAAAUACAUACUUCUAUCUGAACUAGCAUUAUCUUCUUGUCUUAAAACAUGAUGAGUUCAAUUCCUAUGAGAAAUUUAUCCAACCCCACUCUACUCGCUUUGAUUAAAAAAUUGUUCACAAGCUUGACUUAACCGGAGCGUUCGUUAUCUGAGGUUCCACCAUCUUGCAUGCCUUCAGUUUUUUUCCUUCUGUUUUUAGCCCCUCUUAAGGGUAAUAUGUAAUACCGCUGUGAUGUUGCAGGAACACAAAAAUGAAUUUUUCACCUCAUUUAGUGGUCUACCUUGACUAACUUCUGCCCAAGUCAAACUCCUGAAUCUAACCCUACCACAUAUCUAUUUUAUGAUUGUAAUAAACAUUAUGAAAAGUGCCACACAGGACAGUCACUGGGGACACCACCAGACACCCCCCCCCCCAACCUCCCAAGUACUCCGCUGCAUUAAAUGUAUUUAUAUCAACUCACAGAUGUCCAUUUGUCUUAAUUUUUAUUUUUUCUUAUCACAGGGUUAUGAGAUUGUCAGAGAUGCUGCUGGUAAUGUGGUUCACCCAUCAGGAGGGGGAUCAAGAUUGGGAGGAGCUGGCAGUGUUCAUCUAUCUGGAGGAGGGCCGACGUUAAAAGCGGGAGGAGCUGGCAAUGAUUUUGAUGAUGGAAAUGAGGCAGACAUUGAAGAUUUCGGAGAGACAAGGAGGAAGAAGAGAGGGGGAAGAAACCUGAACUCUGUCCGAUUCGGGGACAUGGGAGGUGUCGAGAGUGACGUGGAUGGAGGUGCUCUGGGCAAAGAGGACCUUGACAGGCACAGGAUUGAGGGUCAGGAAAAUGGUGGCGUUGACAGUAAUGACAGCGCGGGUCAGCUGAGUAGAAAUGUCAGCGAAUCCACCCUCACCAACGAAGAUCUUGGGAACAGACGAGGGAAACACAAGCUGGGGGAUUCUUUUGAUGAGGUGGGGCAGUUUGAGGAGGAGAGCGAUGACGGAGAGCAGGGCAGCAAGUGGUCAUCUGUGGGCCACAUCGACUCGAUCCACAGCGACACCUACAACCUGGGCCACGAGAUCCUCUCACAACAUACAGUGCUUCCCCAGGACCAGAGGUCAAGGGGUCAAGGUCAGUCGGUCAGACUAUCCCAGCUGUCUCCCUCCUCCUUGUCGGCUGUGUGCGGAAGUGAGGCCAGGCGAGUCGGAAUGGGGGCUCAUCAUGGUGAUGGUGAGGACGACGAAGACGAUGAUGAUGUUGGUGUAGAUGAUUAUGUGGAUGGUGAUGAGGAUGGUGGAAGGGAGGAUGAUGAAGUGGAGGAAGAAGCAGCCAAGCCGCAUCACAGGAUCAUCGACAAGGAAAGGAUAAAAAAUUGGCUAGAAUCUCAGACCAACAUUACCACUGAGGACUGAUUUAGACCAACAUUACCACUAAGGACUGAUUUGGAUCAACACUACGGUUGUGGACUAAUUUGGAACAUUACAAUUGAGGACUGAUUCAGACCAACAUUACUAUUGAGGACUAAUUUAAAUCAGAGAUACCAUUAAGGACUGAUAAGACCAACAUUACCACUGAGGACUGAUUUAGACCAACAUUACUACUGAUAACCAAUUGAGACUGACAUUAGACCUACUGUAAUAAUCUCAACAAGCAUGGUGAGAGGCCAUCCAUAUAGCACUUGCGCCAAAAGUCAAUCCCCCUUGUUGCAAGCAUUCUUUUUUUGGACAUUAGGUGCUUUCAGGACCCCACAACCUGAAAAAUAAAAAACCAUCAACAAUAUCAAUUUUAUUAGUCCAUUAAAAUGCCACUUUUUUCUUUAUAGUUAUGAGCGCCCUUUUCAAGCUUGACACCCGGGUGCCGGUUUUCCUUGACACGGCCCUGACCUGGUGACUUGCAACUUCCUUGCAGGAGCGCAGCAAAACGUUACACAAUUUUUAUUUCCAAUUUUAAUCCAUUUUGACAUCUACCAUGCCUGGCACAAGCAAGAAACUCAUUAGAGUAAUUACUGUUUGAAAUUAGAUGGGGCUUAGUGACCUACCUACAUGUUUCAUUAUUUCGAAGUGCACAUGUUAGAUUUUGACUUGAUGUAGGGGGGCCUGGUGAAAACCUAAAUUUGGCAAGGGUGCAGAGAUUGACAAAGUUUAGGAACCACCGGCAUAGCCGAACAAAAUACACCACACUCGUGUGACACAUACACUAAGGGCCAUACGGUGGACUAAAUAUUACUGUUACUACUGCUACAAGAGGAUAUCCAGCGAAUUUACUUGUAGUAUAAACAAAGCAAUGGAAUGAUGAUAUUUAAAAAAAAUUGUGUCAUGUUUUUAAAGCAUAGGCAUAAGAGAUAUACAUAGGCCAUUAUUAGUUAUGAACAGUCAGAAAAUCAGGAUAAUUAUUUCAGAAUUUUUAAACAUUUCAUUACAUGUCUGCCUAGACACCCC